AUCGAGCUCUCAAAACUCGACUGCAGCAAGGUGCGCCUGUGGGUCGUCGCUGAGGAAUUGAACGAACGCACACUGCCACACACGCACUGGAGAGCAGCACAGUUGGCGAAACGCGCAUCAAUACGCGUCUGCAGAGCAUACGCGAGGCAACCACUGUCGAGCUGACAGCAGCACCGGAGGCGUAGAGGGGUCUUAAGGAAGCAGCACACGACCACGAUGGCGGACCCCACGAGCGACGACUACUACCGCGUGCUCGGCGUGCCAAGAGACGCCACUGAAGCGCAAUUAAAGAAAGCCUACCGCAAGCUCGCGAUAAAGUACCACCCGGACAAGAACCCCGACGACAAGCGGGCGGAGGAGCACUUCAAGGCCGUGUCCGAGGCCUACGACUGCUUGCAGGAUAAACAGCGGCGCGCGGCCUACGACAAUUAUGGCAAGGACGGCGCGAAGGCCGCGGAGCAGGGCCAGAGCGUGCCCGGCGGCUUUCCCGGGGGCGGCUUCCCGGGCGGCGGCGUGCGCAUGGACGCGCGGCGCGCGGAAGAAAUGUUUUCCAUGUUUUUUGGCGGGGGCGGCAUGGGCGGCGGCGACGACCCCUUCGAGUCCAUGUUCGGCGGCUCCGGGUUCGGCGGCAUGCCGGGAGGCAUCCGCAUCCAGAUGGGCGGUGGUCCGGGUGGCCCGCAGGUCUUCUCGUCGUUCGGAGGGGGUCCUUCGAGAAGGCGCGCGCCGCCGCCCCCGAAACGCUACGACGUGCUACAGCCUAAUACUAAGGUCGUGCUGAAGGAUUUGGUGUCCAAACCGGAAUUAAAUAAUGAGAUGGCUUCCGUACAAUCAUAUGAUGAUAGUAAGGGGCGGUAUAACGUCAAGCUCGACGACGACGGCGACGUCUUGUCGUUGAAACCGCAGAACCUCCAGCAGAUCUUGCGGGGAGUGCGAUUAACGGAUAUCAAGUCGUCUCCGGAACUAGACGGCAAGUCGGGCAAUCUGUUGGGAGCGCGGCGGAGUCCAACGGGAGACGAGCGCUACGUCGUGGCGCUGUCCUCCGUCAGGCAGACUGUGGCAGUCAAGAGCGAGAACCUGAUCCUGCCGGCCGGCGCGCUCGUAAGGGUGGUGGGCACGUCGCGGGCCGAGCUGAACGGGAGGCAGGGCACGGUGCAGUCCUGGGACGGCGGCGCGGGGCGGUACGUCGUCCAGACGUCGGCGAGCGACCAGCUCAAGCUGAGGCUUUGCAAUGUCGAGCUAGUUUGAAUUUUGUAUUAAGUACGCUUCGCGGCGAUGGCGUACGUCGUCUCCAAACUUACGCAGGGGG